CCCUUAACGUCUCCUUGGUGCGAGUCUUUACGUUUUCGGAUGUUUUGAGUCUCCUGCUUCCACGCAGGCCUCCGGACGGGGCAGGAGACACCGACGUGACUCUGACUCAUCCCCCAACCCGGCUGUGGUCCGGUAGCUCUGGACCGCCGCCCGCUCCCUGCUUCCUUGGGAAGAUUCGUUGAAAACCAUUUACGAUCAUAAAAGUUAGAUGACCAAGAUGGAUAUUCGGGGUGCUGUGGACGCUGCUGUUCCAACUAACAUCAUUGCUGCCAAGGCUGCAGAAGUUCGAUCGAACAAAGUGAACUGGCAGUCCUAUCUUCAGGGGCAGAUGAUUUCUGCUGAUGAUUGUGAAUUCAUUCAAAGGUUUGAAAUGAAAAGAAGUCCUGAAGAGAAGCAAGAGAUGCUUCAAACAGAGGGCAGUCAGUGUGCUAAAACAUUUAUAAAUCUGAUGACUCACAUCUCUAAAGAACAGACAGUUCAGUACAUAUUAACUAUGGUUGAUGAUAUGUUGCAGGAAAAUCACCAGCGAGUUAGUAUUUUCUUUGACUAUGCGAAACGUAGCAAGAAUACUGCUUGGUCCUAUUUUCUGCCAAUGUUGAAUCGCCAGGAUCUCUUUACAGUUCAUAUGGCUGCAAGAAUUAUUGCCAAGCUAGCAGCUUGGGGAAAAGAGCUGAUGGAAGGCAGUGACUUAAAUUACUAUUUCAACUGGAUAAAAACACAGUUGAGUUCACAGAAACUGCGUGGUAGCGGUGUUGCUGUUGAAACUUUUUUUUUUUUAAUGUAA